ACAAAUAUGGCGGAUUCCGAAGACAAUUCUACAGAAUAUGAACAAAUUCCGUCUCAUAUUAUUGUUCAGAAACAACUUCAAGACUUGAUUGCAAUUCAGAAGGCUCGAGUUGCAAGACUGGAACAAGAUGUAUCAAUGAACAAUGAAACAAUAAGAGAUAACUAUGUGCCUAAAGACCAAUAUGAAACAGAGCUGAGUUCACUGCAGGAGAGUUUGAGAAGUGAUUAUGUUCCUAGAGAGCAUUAUGAGCUUGCCGUUAAACAACUUGAGGAGGAGAAAGUUGAACAUGCACAGACAAGGCUGAAGUUGAAUGAAGUUGUGGACAAACUGGAGCAAGCUAUGACGGAAAUGAAUAAUCUACAAGACCAAUUACAGCAACAAAAGAUUGCACAUGAGAAAACACGUAAAGAUGAGAAAAGCUAUACUCCAAAGCAAACAUUGAUUCAUGUGAUCAAUUGGAAGAAGUUAAUGAAUAAAGCAUCAAGCAAACAGGAAAAGAUGGCGCUUACAUUAUUGAUGACCGUUCCGCAUGAUGAAAGACUGGACAUUUUUGAAGGGGUUAUGUGA